GGAGGGGUCGGGCACCGUGGUGUAUGGGGGCAGAGCUCACACGUGGCGCGGGGUAUUGGCGACCUCAGUCGUGGUUGGUCUGCCCAAGCGACCACGUCUUCAAGUGUCACGCUCAAAGGGAAUCACUGCCAAUUUUUUUUAGUCUCGUUUCUUUCUGUUUUGUCUUUAGUUAAGUGCGCCGCGUUUCUAAGUCAAGUUGAUUGUAGUCAAUUUUUUUCAGUUUAAAAUAAAAUAUUUUUAUUUGCUCUGGGAAAAUCAAUUCCAUAUUUAAGUGGUAAUAAGUGCUGAAAGUAAUGAGAGAUUGUAAAGGAAGGAUAGAAAUACUACCAUAGAAAUGAGUGAUCUGCGCAUCAGACAAUACAGCGAAACUUUAGAUCAUAGUGCUUGCAAAGACUGUCAGUCAAGAAGUUUGAAAACUGAUCGAAUGAUCCACAUUUUUCUUUGAACGCUGCCAUUAGCUGAUGCAAUAAUAUACAGGACUUGAUGCACUGUGACAGCAAAACGAUCCUAAGAGACACACUUCCAGAAACAUUAAGUUCGUACCUAAUCUGAUGAGCGACGCUCCCUUCAGCUAUGAAUCGACAGGCGUUGCUGGAGAAGUGUCCGUCAAAAUAAGUAUGGGAACUUUUUGGUUCAUUACUCCGAGACGGGUGGUGUCUUAUACCUCUGUCUGGAUGGAUGGUGUCUCCGAUCGUUGUCUGCACGGCGUUCGUGUGUUCGUACAGACAGGUGGCGAGUCUCGUCAAAUCUGAGGCUGGCGAGUUUUGAGCACGACCUUGAAGAAGGAUGAGAGAUUUUGCUGAAUUGUUGCUCGCAGAGACUAUUAUAAUCCGGAAUAACCUUCCUGGGUUUUGCGGGAAAUCUGACGCAAGAAUCGCCGAGAACCACGACUCAAAUUCUUCAAUGGGGAAUUGUUACGAGAAGCAUUAUAUACGUUCUGAAGUAUAAAAAAAAAAAAUCUCAUAAAGAUUCGAAAUUUGAUUUCAUUAGUCAAUUGUCCAGGCGAAAGGUUGCCCGUUAUCACAACAACUGAUUACGAUACCAUGAUCGUUAUUAGUGCAAAAGGACGCAAUGAUUACCGCGAUGGAAUGUUUUUCAAGCUCGACAAACGACAUUAAUACGAUCGAACUAAUUGGGUGAUCGACAUCACACGCAAAACUUCGAAAAGAAAUGAUGACCUUGAAAAAGACGAUAUAAUUCUUUACAAAAAAUGGGUGGCGUGAAAACGAAGCUAUGUUAGCGUGAUAAGGCCUCCCACAAGAGCCAACCUACGGCGGUCGCCCCACCUAUUGGUCCAUCCUGCCCCCUGCCACCCUCCAGCCACGCCCCCGUCAUGCGGGUGGCGGGCACCAGGGGAAAGAGGAGGGUGGUGUCUCUCCUGCUGGUGCUCCUGCUAGCCCAUCUGCUCCUGCUUCUGCUACUCCUACUUCUACUUCAUAGAGACAAUUCACCGUCGUCCCCUACUGCCGCUGCGACUGGGCAGACCACCACCACCACCACCACCACCCCGCCUCUCUCUCACUCCAGGAUUCCAGGUAGUCCUACCGUAGAAGGAUCUCCCUGCGUGGGCGUGGCAGGUGGGCGUAAAUGGGCGUGGCAACCGGUCUACACAGUGGUCAUCGACGCCGGCGCCACAGCCACUCGUGCCCACAUUUUUUCUUUCCUAAGGUGCUGUCUUGAUAACACAUUCAUGUUGCAAAACGAAGAUUAUUUUCAUCAGGACGAUACUAUCCUACGCUACGUUAACGCAUCGUCACAGAUGCGUUAUCUCUUGAUGCCCCUUCUACGUCGAGCUCGAAGUGUCGUGCCCCCUGAAUACCUUCCCCACACGCCCCUCCUGGUCCGAGCGACGCCUUCCCUUCGUCUUCUGCCACGCCCAGACGCCACUAUUCUUAUUCACACGGCCCGCAAAAUUGUGACGAGGUCAGGCUUCUUGGUGCGAAGAGGUCACGUGACCAUCAUGGCAGGCCAUGACGAAGCAGCUGAUCUCUGGUUAGCAGCCAAUUUCCUAACAGGUCGAAUGUACAAAAACGGAAGUUCUCCGGUGGCCACGGCUGACCUUGGAGGGGGUACUCUACAAGUAACUAUACCGCUAAAAGGCCCACCUGAGCACAUUAAGAAGGCCAUAUUAGAAAGAAGAAUAAAAGGUGAUAACCAACAAGAAAAGGGGAAACCAAAAGAAGGGCCAGUAAGAAGUGAAGAUAUAAACAAACUGAAAGUGGAAAAGGGCGCGUCGGUGAAAGGACAAAAUAAGACUACUAGUGAUUAUGGCAGGGAGAUUAAAAGCAGGAAACAUAUAGAUAAGGAAAACGGCGAAAGGCGUGUUAGCGUAUCUGUAAAUAGAAGAUUAAAAAAUAAUUUAAACAAUAAUUCUAGCCAUGGCCGAACUGUAAAUGUAGCCGAGGGGGGUGUGAGUGACGAGGACGCUCAAGACGGUGUGUUGUCUGUAAAAGUGCAAGAAACUGAAACACGACGCAAUAUAAGUGAUAGUGAGAGCAAAAUAAGUAACUCCAGGAAAAUCAAUGGCACUGCAGAAUCUGCGACUACUCCAGACCCCUCCGACGGUACGAAGGAGAGUAUCCUUUACGUUACAGCAGCCGACUUCGAAUUCCGAACUCCUCCGCCCAAGAGAAACGAGGAGCAAAGGGGGAGUGACACGCAAAUUGAAACAACGUCUGCUUCACGGUCUGGGACUUCCCCUACAGGUCCCAUCCUUAUGCAUAACAUGACCACGCUUCUUCCUCCAUCUAGAACCAAAAACAGGAUGGGAUGGAAGAGGAAGGGGCAAGGGCAAGAGGAAAAAGCAGAGCCUCCACUGGGAAGGACCCCCACGCAAUCGAUCACAGAAGCAAGCAGGACGUCACAGGAUACGUUCGCUUUCGAUGUGCUGCCAAGCAGCGACACUAAAAACCCAGCUCAUAUCAGACCAAGAGGAAAGGGGAGAAAAUCCAAUGUUUCUCCUGAUGAAAGACGACGAAGUCGAACGCAAAAAAUAAAUUCGACGUCCGCGAAGGAGACCAAGCGCAGAAGACAGAAGGGAAGAGAGCGUAUGCCCGUCGAAGGGAAAAAGGGGAAAGUUGGCAAGAGAAGAAGCCAAAGAGGAGAAGUUGACAAACGAGACGAUCAAGUUCCCAAACGAGGGAAAUCAUCGCCUUCGCAUCGAGCAUCAUCGACAUCGAUACCUAUCGACAGAUCCGCUGCCGAAAAUAAUGGUCACCAAAGAGCUUUUGCCAUAGAUGAUAAGACUGAUCAUUUUUCGAGUCGCUUAAAACCUCCUCAACCGAACCAGACUUCCCAGAGGAGAAACCAGAGGAAAAGAAAACUCAAGAAACCAACCAGAAGAAAACAGCGAACCGACGACGGGCGAGAACCUCGAGGAAAUGGAAGUCAAAGUGAGAAGAAGAAGAAGAAGAAGAACGGACCACGCCAAGAGGACCAACACAUUCGUCAGACCUCGAUAUCUGCCCGAGAUCGCCAAGCGACAAGAGAAGUCAGCAUCAGCAGCCUCCAUGAGGGUGAUCUGGGAUCAGACUCUAAUCCAUUGAAUGUUGGGCGUGGAUCAGUUUCAGAUCAUCAAGGCUCAAGUGAGAUGAGCCCAACGAUAUCCCUCGAGACAUCCACCGAUUUCACGAAGGAUGAGGAGGAGGGGGGCGGGGAACCAAGACGACCAGACCUUCCUGUUGUCGGUUCGAUACCAAUCGAUAAAAAUGAUCCUUCGACAGGAGAAAGCUAUCGCCGGGCCGAUUCCAAUCUCAAUAUUCACGAGCCUCUAUCAAGUGCCACUCGUGAGCCAAAUCUCGAGGGAAAUUACACCAGUCGCCAGAGAGGCAGUUCUCGACGAGGGAAAACACCGAACCCUAGAAUAAAAACUUCGAAGGGCACCCUGCCGCAGGAGUUGCCCGGAAGUCGAUGGGGGCUCUUGGGAGGAGAGCAUGAACCCCCUUCUGCUGAUAGCGUUGCCAAACACAGUUUGGUUAGAUUAAAUCUUAGAAGAGAAUCAAGACAAGAAAAGAAGACGUUUAGAAAUGUUUCCAUUUAUGGGAAAGAAGAGGGGAAAGAACGCUUGGUAGACGAUACACGUUCCGCACUCAAUGCAAGUAGUACAAUCCAUCCACUUUCAACGAAUACGCAGCAACCAAAAAUGACGGAAACAGCUCCCAUUUUAGGAGACAAAGAACAAACGCAUUUCACAAACACAGACGACGACGACGAAUCACCGCCGAACAGCCCUUAUGCAACGACAAAGAUCAAUAAUCAUCGCUCACUUUCACUUGAUAACGAUAUUCUCGGCACCAGAAACAACGGCACAUUUUUAACGAAGGGAGAAGAGACUGUAGCCCGGGCGGACAAUGACACCCGAGGACCCAUUUACGCGGCGGCGGAGGAGGAGAGACAGACACCCACUCACGCUACGAGAGGCAAAAACCAAUCUAGAUCCAUCACCCGGAAAGACAGGAGACGUCAGCCUCAAAGUCCUUUACAAAUAGGGGAAGCCGCCGCAGCGACGACUGAAAACACUCUGGGUAGAGCCAAGGAUGACAACAACAGUCCAGGGGGAAUUUUUGCAGAUGUCCAAAGUCCCCAAGGAGUCCGGACGUCACGUCAACGGCACCGUCACCGACACCGUCACUCGCAUAGGAAGAAAGACAGGGGGACGGAAGCGUUUUUGCGGCGGAAGAGGAAUAUCUUGGAGGGAAAAUUAGCUCUUCUUGGGAGGAGAGCGGAUAAACGCUACGAAGGGGAAUCACAUGAACAUUACUCUCUAGCGCAUAAAGCACAUCAUAUUUUUGAAGGAAAUCGACACAGAAAAGGUAGAAUGAUAUUCAAUAACGAAUACAUUAUUCCCACGAAAAACGAUUUCAUAAACAGGUUCAUAAGUUACAAAGGAGAUAACCUCUUGGGACAAUGGAUAAAUGAGAAAUACGACCAAAUGUGUAAAUUCUCGAGUGUUAGGCAAUGUAAAAGUCUCCUUUAUAACGAAAUAAUGAGCAGGAGUUACUACGAGAGAUCAGUUCAAAAACUCACGAAAUAUAUGCGUAACAGAAGGGGAGCAAUGAACGAAAUAAAACUAUUCAUUUUGAGUACGGUAAACCAAAGAAAAAAACAGAGAGAAACAAACAACGUUAUCGUGAAUGGGGGCAGAUAUCAGAAUAUCCCUCACGGUCGAAAAGUCAACGCUAAAAUUAACGACAUCCCACCAUCUGGCGGCGAAAGAUAUUCCGACGAACCUGUCAACACAACCGAGCCUCCAAGGCAGCAGCGCAACUACAAGGAAAACUUCGCAGAAGUAGUAGACGCCGGUUUCCGAACCAAGCGAGAACUCCGUAAUCUCUUUGAUGCUCCAAACAUCACGUAUCGGUGUUCGCCGUCCCAGAAGUAUUGGCUCUUUGCCUCCAGCGUGGCCAUGGGAAUCUACCCAGCUCGAGUGAAGGUCCUUCAGAGUGGCGAUAUCUUAAUGAUAUCUCCUACUUCCAAGGAUUCCAUUACUACUCCUUCCCCUCCUGUAGCCACGACCCCUCGCCAUCGAUCUGAUAUUCCCCUUGAGGAGGUAUACCCAGAACUCACCGCCGGCUACGACGAUGUUGACCUCUCAGAACCAGAGGGGCACGUGACUGAGGCUGGCGUGCCAGUACCCUCUCCUCCUCCUCCUCCUCCCCCUCCUCUUCCCUCAGCAGUACCCACCAGGUCACCGGUGCCUUCUCAGUCGCCGUCAAGGCCGCCUAUGAAAAUCACGAGUGAGUGGAUGGAGGAAACGUUAUCUAAAGUGAAGAAAGUGGUGGACUCCAUCCUGAAAGCCAUUGGCUCGAGGGAGGUCUAUGUGAAGGAUGCGAACGAUGACGGAACAGCCACCAGAAUUGACGUUGAUAUACCCCACAAGAAUCCUGCCCUGGGACCCCCGCCUUCCAGGGGACCUCCGGGAACUAUCCCUAGGAGGAGGAGGCCCGGUAGGAAAGGAGUAAGUCGCCGAAGGAAACCCAUAGGAGGAGGGAUGGAAGGAACGACGGAAAGUCAUGUCAGGGGAAUAAGUGAUAAUGAUACCAUAACAAUGACACGUAGAGAGAGUAAUAGCGUAGAAGAUAGGCAUAAAAUACCAGACCAUGGACUGGAUACUACAGAGGGAGACAGAGGUUCAUUAAACGAAGUUCACGCCGAUGAUGUAUCAGUAAACAGAACUUUAAACCUUAGCCAAAAAGUUCCUUUAGACGUUAGUAAUAGUGCAUUACCAAGUCAAAGUGUUCCUAUUGUUGAUCCUAGUAGUAUAACAGUGCCGUCGAACAGUACAAGCAGCAUUAUCUCAGAGGACCUCGAUUUGGUUAGGUCGGAUUUAGCAGUAAAUCAUUCUUCCGUUGGUAAUUUAAGUGAUAUAAGUAGUAACAAUUCUGAAGCCCCGAAUGGUGCUCCGUCGUCCAAAAAGACGUUAUCGUCCGUUACGGACUUACUGUUUACCGUGCCCAAUGAACGUGUCAUUAACCCUGCUGAGGAUAGCCAAGUGAAAAGUGAAAUCAAAUCGACAGAGAAGCUGAUUCGUACUUCGUGGGAAGACUUCCUCUUUCGCGUCCCUGGAAGCAAACAGCACCCUGACUCGGAAACAGAUGGAACCCGUAUUCAAAAUUCCACUAUGACUGACGGACUUCGCCAUGAGAAUUCGUCUUCUGAAGCAAUACGAAGUGAAUUGGAGGACAAAGAACAUUCCACACAUUCCACGCAAUCACAGGGAAGAAAAGAGCCUGCGUUAGCUACAUCGCAAAAGGACGCCAUAAUUGACGAAGAGACCCCUAAAGAUUCCAUAGAAAACAAAGCUCCGGUGCCAACUUCUCAAGCCAUAGAAAACGAACUUCUAAAGGGUGACCCUUCCAUUCAGACACCGGAUUUGAUACUGCAAACAGCUUGUUUACCCGUCGGUUCGAUUGGGAGGUUUAAAAUGCAGGACGUGACCUAUCUCGUCACGGGCUUGGGCGCAGGUACUGAAGGGGAGGACUGUUGGAGAGAGGUCUCGAAAGUGGUAAAAGAACACAUCAAACUUCCUUCACUGAAUCACACGACGCUCCUAGCCACGACAGCCUUUUACUUCGUUGCAGCUAAUGCCAACUUGAUAGAACCUGAUAUGGCGUACGGAUUUGUGCGCGUGGAGCAGUUUAGAUUAGCAGCAAAUACAAUGUGUUCUCGAAGGGCAGAAGAACUUCCCGAUCCUCUGGCCUGCCUCGACUACCAGUACAUAGCCGCCUUGUUAUCUCAUGGACUACAGCUUCCUGACCACACAGAGAUAUUGGUGUGUGAGAAGAUCCAUGGAUUCAGACUUGGGUGGGCUUUAGGCGCGGCACUGAAUUACCUCCAAAAGCAUUAAUUGCCAUCGCUCGCUAGUUCAGGGAACUGCUGCUUGAAAUACACCAGGAAGGGAGGUCCUUCGGUCGCGUACUGUAAGGAUUCAUGGGACGCAAAGUAACACCUAGGAUUUCGUACCAGAAAUGAUUCCCUAUGGUACAAGCAUUCAACCAUUAACGACAUAAUCGGGACGCUGGGAUACAAGCGAACUUCCUGCAAGAUUUUACGCCGUACCAAAAGUGAAGGAAUGAAGAAGGGAAAAGAAUGGAUAAUAUAAGAAAGCCGAGUCAGGAGCACUGACAGAUUCUCGUAGGAAAAGGGAUGACAGAAGUCGCAGGGUUGAGUGAUUGGUUUAAUUCUGCGAUAUGACGUUACUCGUUACUUGCUAGGAAAUGCAAGACGAAUCACUUUACGGAUGGAGUCAGAGAAGGAAUAUCAGGUGAAUAAUAUAACGGAAAAUAGGCGAAAUUUCGAAAGAUGGUGCAAAAAAGAUAAACCAAAAAACUAGGAACACGUCAAUUUACUACGUAAGUAAAAGAAGAGGACUACCUAUGAGAAAAUGUAGAAGAAAAAAUAUACUUACAAAAGGGAAAUUGAAGAGCCCCAUUGUAUGGUUGAUGACCCAAAGCACGAAAAUCGGUCCUCCAGUUCUCUACAUAAGAAGCAAUGGAGCGUCUCCACAAUAGUAAGAGGAAAAACUUCAACGAAUACUUUGUGUGAUCGAGCAGCCUCCUGCUUCUUUGAUAUUAUGUCCAUUCGUGAGCCGUUCCAACCCUGGUCACUCGUGACAAUUUUUUAAUUAUUUUGCAGUUCAAUGUGUUUGUCUUACGACUGAUUGUGAAAAAUGAAUGUUCUGAAAGUCUGGUUUGCAAAGGACAUUUAUGUUUUUAUCACAGAUGAAUUCAGAGUCAAAUAUUCAGUUCUGUCGGUAAUAUUUUGUGAUUAGUUUUGAUUGCAGGGAAAAAUAGGAUCUAAUUCAUGAACUAUAUUCAUGGAAGGGAAUAAAUCAGGACGUGAACUUCAAGGAAAAACGGAUCACAAACUUCAGUCAAAUUUCGUUCAUGGUCGACAGAAACUGCAAAGUUGUUAAAAGCUUUGGUGACAAUUUUGCAAAGACCAAUUCCUAGCUUUUCAAGGGGACUGACGAAUAUUCAAAUUCUGAGUACAUUGGACAGGUGUAUCUGCACACUAUCUAUAAUAGCUACACGAUUAAUUCCAUCUUCAUGGACUUUCCAAACAAGGAAUGAGGAAUAUUUGGUACGACAUUAAAAAAUAUAUGUGACUCUUUAUGUGAAAUGUACUCAGCAAACAUAUGCAUUGUUACUAUUUAAGACGACUGUAAAACUUCACAAAGGUCAAAGGACCUCUUCACCUUGUAACACGUAAGAGCUUCCUUAGUUGUAGGUUAUGUCUCAAAAUAAUAUUUCGUGUAAAUAGAAGUUUCCGCUCGAAACAAUAGUUAUUAUAGAUAUGUUGAUAAUAUUUUGUUUCUCUUAAGUUAUUUUUUAUUUUCAGUGAAACAUUAACUCUUUUUAGGUUUUAUUACGAAGUGAGUUCUGGUGCGUAGUCAUACGAAACUAAAACCUGUAUCUUCAGACGAAGAAAUUCCCAUAGAUUUUACAAGACAUUUCCUUCCCACACUUACUGCCGUUCAUUCACUGCCAUCAAUAACCUAUUUAUGGGUAAUGUGACUUCAGCAGUCAUGCACUAUUUGGUGAUAUCUUUACCGGGUGCUACAGCAGUCACAGGGAUGUGUAUAAAGUCGUAACAUUUGUAGCAAUUGUAGAUUUAUCUGUUGUUAUAAGUUAGAACUUGUUGCGAGAGAGAGAUUAAAGUCCAGAAAACAUUUCUGAAAGUCAGUUCUGUUGUCAACUUUUUUCUUCUUCUCAAGCUGAUAUUGUACAUUUUGACUUUGUUAUCCACUGAGAUCUACUCUCUAAUAAUGAUACAUUAUAAAUGAAAUUAAAUGCUGUUACUAUACUGUACUGAUGAUUGAAAAUAAAAUUUGUCACGGGUCAAGAUAAAAGAAUAAAAAACUUAACCAUAAACAUUGUCAGAAAAAACAAUUCUCUAACUAGGAAAAUGUAAAUCAUUAACAUAUGGUGACAGAUACGGUUGAUAUAUCUAGCUAAUUACGGUCUAUUCUGAAAAUUAUAUAAAUGUUUAUCACAAAGAAAACUAUCCUGGUCUAUGGUCGCCAACUCGAAAAAAGAAUAAUAAACAAAUAUAACAGAUCAAAUUACUUUGAAAAAUUUGAAGAUUUCUAUUGAAAAAAGGCCAUUUUCAUAUCAAUGAAUAUCUUUCCUGAUAUCAAACCAGGCAUCUACUUGAACUGAAGUUCCUUAGUAAGAUAAAAGACAAAAACGUUGUAAAAAAAUUAAUUUCUAUAAUUUUGGAUAAGUAAACUGAAAAAAAUACCCAAAACUGCAUCUGCCAUUGACAUUUCAGAUUAAUUUCCAAGAUAUCUUUGAGGUGGAAAUACGGGGAACUUCUGCCACAAGGGAAAGUUUACAGCUAUCAUCUUUUGAAUUUUCUUUUUUAUUUAAGUAUUUAUUUACUUGUCUACUUAUUUUUUUAUUUACUUUUUAUGCGAAACAUUCGUAAUCGUUCCAUUCUUUCAUAAUGUUUCAAACUAUUUUCCGCGUUCCUUUCUGUAACAUCAGCGGAGCUUGAAGGUAACAAAUGAGUAUAUCAUGAUACCGAGAUCUGGGGAAAUCUAUACGAUACUGGGAACCAACAAUAAUAGCGCCGUUUCCGGCUAAUGUUUGUGAAAAAAUACUCUGAUCUUAUCUAACGAUAAAAUUUCCAGUGGUAAAGCUCUUUCAAUACUGCGAAUAAUUUAAAGAAAAUGACGACAGACCUUUAUAAAAGAUUAUUUUCUAGUAAGCGGAUGAAUGUCUAGUAUUUGCCUAAUAACAUCUGGAAUUCUUUUCGCGAUUUGGGUAAGAUUGAUGUGAUCAAUAUGAAUUUUGAAAGUCUUUAAAAAUAUUUAUCAUCACUAAAGUUCGUCACUACACAAAAGAAAUUAUGAUAUAUCUAGUAAUAUCAUUAAAAUUAGUAAUAUCCUGCAUAGAAUAGUAUACCAAGUAUUUAUAGUUAGUUAAUGAUUAUACUUGACUCACGUUCAUAAAAUCUUUGGUAACAGACCCAACCAAUUUAUCUUACAAGCAUAGUAACGCCAGAAAACUUACAAUCAAACAAUUUUAUAAGCACAUAACUAUUUUCUAAAAAUAUUAUACAAAGAAUCCUUAUCUUUUUCUGGUAUUAUCCCAUCUUAUCUUGCGUACAAUUCGUUAACUACCUAGUAGUGCACACAACAUUAUUAAUAAAUAACUGACAAAAAAAUCUGUAAGAAUCUCUUGUAAUUUAAAUUUGGUCAUCAUUCCUAACAAGGAAUUUUUAAAGCAUCUAAAAAUUAUAAAACGAUCAAUUAAAAUAAACAAACAACCGUGGUAUUCCUCCAACAGGACGUAAACACUACCUCAAGUGGAACCUACUUCUGCCACUAAGGAAUAAGUUAUACAUUUUAAGUGUUUAUAUAAGUUUCUCUGUUGACAAUGAAACAACAAACCUCCGCUUUCAUCUAUUUAUAUUUCCCCUCGAUGUUUGAAUGACGACAUUCAGUGUUCAAUAAUACAAGGAUAACCUGUCCAGCA